GCCAAGCAUUACAGCAUGUUACCUUUUACUCUUCACUUUAUUCUCCUCUUCACAGAAAUAAUGGAGCAUCUACACACUUCUCUCAUUUUACUCCCCCUCUUCUGUUCAUUGAGUGCUGGAAAAUCUUUCUUUACUCAUCUCGGAACACGGUGUAUAGAUGACUGCAAGUCCGACUCGGGCGUGUUCAAAUGCAAGACUUUUGAUAAAGAUGGAACAUGCCAGGAAAUGUACUGUUCACCUCAGGAAAACAUGGACUACUGGGGUAGACAGUGUGAAGCUGACAGUAUGUGUGGAAGGCAUGGACAAGACUACUACUGGUGCAAAAUUAAUAUCUUUACUUGGGGAUACUGUGGGCUGGUGAUGGAGAACAAGAACCAUUAUGGAUCUCAUACAGGUGCGCUGUGUUAUGACUACUGUGACAAAAGAGAAGAAGACUACUAUUGGUGCCAUACUGUGCAGGGAUGGGAUUACUGCUCACCAUUUGAAAACACAGAUAACAAGAAUAGUCAGUGUAAAGAUGACAAUCCAUGUGGGAAGCAGGGUCAGGACUACAGCUGGUGCUGGCUGAAGAAGGGAGGCUGGGAUUACUGUGGACUUGUGGAACCAAAGAUAUCCAUCUACCGGUCUAUGUAUCAUUAUGUUUGCAUUGAUGAAUGCCAGUAUUAUGAGAGUGGAGAUUACUAUUGGUGCCACACUGCCAAAGACUGGGACUACUGCUCUCCAGAUGUGGAUGUAACCUAUAAAGGCAAGCCCUGUCGCUCAUACCACUCCUGUGGCCCACAUGAUUAUAAUUACAACUGGUGCUGGACCUCAGAGUCAGAAUAUGAUUACUGUGGGCCCGUUGAAUCUGGAGAAUGCACUUACAUCACCUCUAGACAUCGCAACAGGAGAGCCCCAGAUGACAAAGUAGUGAUAUGCACAAAGAUGGACAAAGGAAACAAGAAAAUAACCACCUUUACUGCGAAGCCAGCUCCUAAUGCUAUCGCUGAUGGCAGUCAGUGGAGAAACGAGGCAGAAAACUUAAUCAGUCGCUGGGAAAAUAACUACCUGGUGGACCAGGCCCGCUCAAACCUGAUCCACUCUGAUAAUCUCCGUAUUGACAUGCAGGGAAUCAUCAACCACAACAAUCAGCUGUACCACAACCUGCAGAUCCAGGUGAACGUCAGACGGAGGUCCGGUCAAAGCACAACCGUAUCUCAGAUUAUCGUGCCCCGUGGAAUUCCACGCCGCUACAUCCGCAGAGCCUUGCUGGAGAGCUUUAGGCGCCGAGCUCGGGUUCUUAUUGAGGUUUCAACCCUAAAUCAGUGUUAGAGCCUUGGGUUGGAAAUGUGCAAAUAUGGUGGUAUAUGGUGGAGUACAGUUGUAACUUUUUUAGCUUUUUGCUGUACAACACAAAUACUGAGCAGAAUAAACAGGCCAUGAGAAAUAUCUUUAU